GCCGAAGGAUUGUGUGUCCUAGAGCAAGGGGCUGGGCCAGGGCCAGGCUUUCCUCCUCUGCCCGAGCCGGACAGGUCUGGCUGGUUAGUCUAGUGCCUGCUGGAGGGAGGGAGGCCAAGCAGGGCCCCAGGUCUGUGGCAUCCGUGUUCUCCCCGGAUGGAUGGGGAUCAUGGAGAAUGUUGGGGGGAACCACAUCAGGGAAGCCCCGGCCCCCGACAGAGACAUCUGGGCAGAAAGCCAGGGACCCAACCCUGCUGGAAGCAGAUAAGGAUGACAUCCGGCUGCUGCCUUCAGCAUUGGGUGUGAAGAAGAGAAAACGAGGACCCAAGAAGCAGAAGGAGAACAAGCCAGGAAAACCCCGAAAACGCAAGAAGCUUGACAGUGAGGAGGAAUUUGGCUCCGAGCGAGAUGAGUACCGGGAGAAGUCAGAGAGCGGAGGCAGCGAAUAUGGAACCGGACCAGGUCGGAAACGGAGGCGGAAGCACAGAGAAAAAAAGGAGAAGAAGACAAAGCGGCGGAAAAAGGGGGAGGGAGACGGGGGGCAAAAGGUAGAACAGAAGUCGUCUGCAACUCUGCUUCUGACCUGGGGCCUGGAGGACGUGGAGCAUGUGUUCUCCGAGGAGGAUUACCACACACUCACCAACUACAAAGCCUUUAGCCAGUUCAUGAGGCCCCUGAUUGCGAAGAAGAAUCCUAAGAUCCCGAUGUCUAAGAUGAUGACCAUCCUCGGGGCCAAGUGGAGAGAGUUCAGUGCCAACAACCCCUUCAAGGGGUCGGCAGCCGCUGUGGCGGCGGCGGCGGCCGCAGCGGCUGCGGCUGUGGCCGAGCAGGUGUCAGCUGCUGUGUCAUCGGCCGCCCCCAUAGCACCUUCCGGACCCCCCACCCUCCCACCACCUCCUUCUGCCGAUACCCAGCCCCCACCCAUCCGAAGAGCCAAAACCAAAGAGGGCAAAGGUCCAGGCCAUAAACGGCGGAGUAAGAGCCCCCGAGUGCCCGAUGGACGCAAGAAGCUUCGGGGGAAGAAGAUGGCACCGCUCAAAAUCAAACUAGGGCUGCUGGGUGGCAAGAGGAAGAAGGGAGGCUCGUAUGUUUUGCAGAGCGAUGAGGGCCCUGAGCCAGAGGCCGAGGAGUCAGACCUGGACAGCGGCAGCGUCCACAGCGCCUCGGGCCGGCCUGAUGGGCCUGUCCGCACCAAGAAGCUCAAGAGAGGCCGGCCAGGGAGGAAGAAGAGGAAGGUGGCCGGGGAGGACGAGGCUGACGGCUAUGAGACAGAUCAUCAGGAUUACUGCGAGGUGUGCCAGCAGGGGGGGGAAAUUAUUCUGUGCGACACCUGCCCUCGUGCCUACCACCUCGUCUGCCUUGAUCCUGAGCUGGACCGGGCUCCCGAGGGCAAAUGGAGCUGCCCCCACUGCGAGAAGGAGGGGGUGCAGUGGGAGGCCAAGGAGGAGGAGGAGGAGUACGAAGAGGAGGGAGAGGACGAAGGGGAGAAGGAGGAGGAAGACGACCACAUGGAGUACUGCCGCGUGUGCAAGGAUGGGGGCGAGCUCCUGUGCUGCGACGCGUGCAUCUCGUCCUACCACAUUCACUGUCUGAACCCGCCCCUGCCCGACAUCCCCAAUGGGGAAUGGCUGUGUCCCCGCUGCACGUGCCCCGUGCUCAAAGGCCGCGUGCAGAAGAUCCUGCACUGGCGGUGGGGGGAGCCACCCGUGUCCGUGCCAGCCCCCCAGCAGGCUGACGGGAACCCCGAUGCCCCGCCGCCCCGUCCUCUUCAAGGCCGAUCGGAGCGAGAGUUCUUUGUCAAGUGGGUAGGACUGUCGUACUGGCACUGCUCCUGGGCCAAGGAGCUUCAGUUGGAGAUCUUCCACUUGGUGAUGUACCGGAACUACCAGCGGAAGAACGACAUGGACGAGCCCCCACCCCUGGACUAUGGCUCGGGCGAGGACGACGGGAAGAGCGACAAGCGCAAGGUGAAGGACCCGCACUACGCGGAGAUGGAGGAGAAGUACUAUCGCUUUGGCAUCAAGCCCGAGUGGAUGACCGUGCACCGCAUCAUCAACCACAGUGUGGAUAAAAAGGGGAAUUACCACUAUCUAGUGAAAUGGAGGGACUUGCCCUAUGACCAGUCCACGUGGGAGGAGGACGAAAUGAACAUCCCCGAGUACGAAGACCACAAGCAGAGCUACUGGAGACACCGAGAACUGAUUAUGGGGGAGGACCCUGCCCAGCCCCGCAAGUAUAAGAAGAAGAAGAAGGAGCUGCAGGGAGACGGGCCCCCCAGUUCUCCUACUAACGAUCCUACAGUGAAAUACGAGACCCAGCCACGGUUUAUCACGGCCACCGGGGGCACACUGCACAUGUACCAGCUAGAGGGCUUGAACUGGCUGCGCUUCUCGUGGGCCCAGGGCACCGACACCAUCCUGGCUGACGAGAUGGGGCUGGGCAAGACCAUCCAGACCAUCGUGUUUCUCUACUCGCUCUAUAAGGAGGGCCACACAAAGGGUCCCUUCCUGGUGAGUGCCCCCCUCUCUACCAUCAUUAACUGGGAGCGGGAGUUCCAGAUGUGGGCACCCAAGUUCUACGUGGUGACGUACACGGGUGACAAGGACAGCCGGGCCAUCAUCCGUGAGAACGAGUUUUCCUUCGAAGACAACGCCAUCAAAGGUGGCAAGAAAGCUUUUAAGAUGAAGAGGGAGGCCCAGGUGAAGUUCCACGUUCUCCUAACAUCGUAUGAGCUGAUCACCAUCGAUCAGGCGGCACUCGGCUCCAUCCGCUGGGCCUGCCUCGUGGUGGAUGAAGCCCAUCGGCUCAAGAAUAACCAGUCCAAGUUUUUCAGGGUCCUCAAUGGCUACAAGAUAGAUCAUAAGUUGCUGCUGACCGGAACUCCGUUGCAGAAUAACCUGGAGGAGCUCUUCCACCUGCUAAACUUCCUCACCCCAGAGAGGUUUAACAAUCUGGAGGGCUUCCUGGAGGAGUUUGCUGACAUAUCCAAAGAAGACCAGAUUAAGAAACUGCAUGAUUUGCUAGGGCCGCACAUGCUGCGGAGGCUGAAGGCCGACGUCUUCAAGAACAUGCCGGCUAAGACGGAGCUCAUCGUGCGGGUGGAGCUGAGCCCCAUGCAGAAGAAGUACUACAAGUACAUCCUGACUCGGAACUUCGAGGCCUUGAACUCGCGAGGUGGUGGGAAUCAGGUGUCACUGCUGAACAUCAUGAUGGAUCUUAAGAAGUGCUGCAACCACCCCUACCUCUUCCCCGUGGCUGCUAUGGAGUCCCCCAAACUCCCCAGUGGGGCCUACGAGGGCGGGGCACUGAUUAAGGCGUCCGGCAAGCUCAUGCUUCUGCAGAAGAUUCUGCGCAAGCUGAAAGAGCAAGGACACAGAGUGCUCAUCUUCUCGCAGAUGACCAAGAUGUUGGACCUGCUAGAGGACUUUUUAGACUACGAAGGGUACAAGUACGAGCGCAUUGACGGCGGCAUCACGGGCGCCCUGAGGCAGGAGGCCAUCGAUCGGUUCAACGCUCCCGGGGCCCAGCAGUUCUGCUUCCUGCUGUCCACCCGCGCCGGGGGCCUGGGCAUCAAUCUGGCCACUGCCGACACGGUCAUCAUCUUCGAUUCUGACUGGAACCCCCAUAACGACAUCCAGGCCUUCAGUCGCGCUCAUCGCAUCGGCCAGGCCAACAAGGUGAUGAUUUACCGGUUUGUGACUCGCGCGUCCGUGGAAGAGCGAAUCACACAAGUGGCCAAGAGGAAGAUGAUGCUGACACACUUGGUGGUCCGGCCCGGGCUGGGCUCCAAGGCGGGCUCCAUGUCCAAGCAGGAGCUGGAUGACAUCCUCAAAUUCGGCACCGAGGAGCUGUUCAAGGAUGAGAACGAGGGGGAGAACAAGGAGGAGGACAGCAGUGUGAUUCACUACGACAACGAGGCCAUCGCUCGGCUGUUGGACCGGAACCAGGAUGCGACGGAGGACACGGAUGUGCAGAACAUGAACGAGUAUCUCAGCUCCUUCAAGGUGGCCCAGUACGUGGUGCGGGAGGAAGACAAGAUCGAGGAGAUCGAACGCGAGAUCAUCAAGCAGGAGGAGAACGUGGACCCCGACUACUGGGAGAAGCUGCUGAGGCACCACUACGAGCAGCAGCAGGAGGACCUGGCCCGCAACCUGGGCAAGGGCAAGCGCGUGCGCAAGCAGGUCAACUACAACGACGCCGCUCAGGAGGACCAAGAUAACCAGUCCGAAUACUCCGUGGGAUCAGAGGAGGAAGAUGAGGACUUUGAUGAGCGUCCAGAAGGGCGGCGACAGUCAAAGAGGCAGCUUCGGAACGAGAAGGAUAAGCCACUCCCUCCACUGCUGGCUCGAGUUGGGGGCAACAUUGAGGUGCUGGGAUUCAACACCCGGCAGCGGAAGGCCUUCCUCAACGCCGUGAUGCGCUGGGGGAUGCCCCCCCAGGACGCCUUCACCACCCAGUGGCUGGUGCGGGACCUGAGGGGCAAGACGGAGAAGGAGUUCAAGGCCUAUGUGUCUCUGUUCAUGCGCCAUCUCUGUGAGCCUGGGGCGGACGGCUCGGAAACCUUUGCUGACGGCGUCCCUCGGGAGGGCCUGAGUCGCCAGCAAGUGCUGACCCGAAUUGGAGUCAUGUCUCUAGUCAAGAAGAAGGUACCGGUCUGUCCUUCACCCAGCGUCUACCUAUCACAGGAGCCGGCGCACCCCGCCAUGGCCCUCCACGCCCGCUUCGCCGAGGCCGAAUGCCUGGCCGAGAGCCACCAGCACCUCUCCAAGGAGUCGCUGGCAGGGAACAAGCCGGCCAACGCCGUCCUGCACAAGGUUCUGAACCAGCUGGAGGAGUUGCUGAGCGACAUGAAGGCGGACGUGACCCGCCUGCCAGCCACGCUGUCCCGAAUACCCCCCAUCGCAGCCCGCCUGCAGAUGUCCGAGCGCAGCAUUCUCAGCCGGCUGGCCAGCAAGGGCACGGAGCCUCACCCCACACCGGCCUUCCCCCCGGGGCCCUACGCUACGCCUCCGGGGUACGGGGCGGCCUUCAGCGCCGCCCCCGUCGGGGCCCUGGCCGCCGCAGGCGCCAACUACAGCCAGAUGCCUGCAGGCUCCUUCAUCACAGCCGCCACCAACGGCCCUCCAGUGCUGGUGAAGAAGGAGAAGGAAAUGGUGGGGGCACUGGUGUCAGACGGGCUGGAUCGGAAGGAGCCCCGAGCCGGGGAGGUGAUCUGUAUAGACGACUGACCGGAUCGCAGGCCUGCGCAUCACCCAGGCCCCGUGCCCGAGGCCGACCCCCACCUCAGGCUCUGGGACCUGCCGCCAGUCCUCCACCUUCCCCACCCCUUGGGCCACCUCUGGGCUAGGAGCCCCUCUGCCCCUCUCUGCGACUCCUCUCUUCAAGAAGGGCCCUUUGUCUCUCUCCACUCCCGUGCACCUUUCCCACCGCGCUUUGAAGACCGUGCUGGUGAGAAGAGGUCUGGGUGGGAGGCGCUGAAGCAGGGUCUUCCAAGUAUCUUUAUCCCCGGCGAACAUACGUGGCUUCCCAAGAAGUGGUUGGGGGGAGGGAAGAGGUGGAGCCUCCCCCCAUCGUUACUCCUGCAAUUACUCCUGCAAUACGAGCUCAGAGGGGGGAGUAGCCCAGAGCGGGGAGUAGCCGCCUGGCCUUUAGGAACCUUGGUGGGGAAAAGAGCUUUGAAGAGAGGACGGGACUUUAGAGAGGGAGGAAGGGAAGAGGAGGGGGGCUGCAUGUUUCCUUCCCCUACCUCUCCCCAAAAGGAGGGGGGAGCAGUUACGAGGGAGGGAGUCAAUUGCUGUUCAGCCUCAGAAUAAAGGCGCCGCUCGCCGGCUCAGUUACCUCCUGCGUACCAGCAUCUUGUGUUGGGGAUCUGCCCCUCUCCCCAGGGACCAAGCCCCCCCCCACAGAGCGUGAUGGUUGGGCGAUACUCCCUCAAGCCAAAGAGGAGCUCCCCAAUCUGUUCUAGGGACCCAGGUAACCUAGAAAGGGUGGGAGAAAAUGCUACAGGCCAGAAGUGGGGGAGCCCCCAGCCCGGGGGCUCAGGUCCUUGGAGCACUUCUGCCCUCCCUCCUGAAGGCCUAGAUACGGACUGAACUUGAGUGGAUCAGGCAGGGGGUGUAGUCGGGGGACUGCCUUGCCUUUGGGACCAGAACAAAAUAGUGGAGGGCAGGCUGGGGAGACAUGGACACGUUCUCCUCCCCAGGAGGGGCCGGGGAGAGUGGCAGUUUGCAUGGCGAACCCCCCACUUCCUCUUCGCUGCCCCUUCACAUUCUCGCAGCCCCUUUCCCGGUCUCGUCACACCCACUCCUGGGCUGUCCCAACCCGUCUUCUGUAUCAGGUGUAUUGGUUGUACAUAUAAAUUAUACUUUCCUUUC